UUGGCAGCCAGGCGCGAUAUUAUGGCGAUUUCUUUCAUCGUAAUACACCACCAUAAUCUGUGAAUUUUAUUCCAAAUUAUAACAAAAUGUCUUUCAAAAUUGUGACUAGAACUCUCGGUACACUCAGUUAUGUGGGGAGUUAUAAAAAGUUCCGCGACCGACCUAUCAAAUCAUAUUGCGCAGCGAUCCUCGGCGCCGGCUACAUAGCCUACACUCAGCACAGAAACAACCAAACCCAAUGUAAAGAGCUUCUCCAACUCAAGAACUACAUGGCGGAGCCGGUGACUCCGGUCGAACAGUUGGAGAGGAACGCUGACACCAUGAAGGCGCAGAUGGAGAUGUUAAUAAUGAGGAUACAGGCGGAGUUCUGUAGGGCUUUGGAGGGUGAAGAAGAUAAGGAAUGGAUGGACGAAAAAGUGGAAGAAUCCGAUUUUGAGGAAGAAUUAUAUAUUACAUGGCCGGAAGCCAAAUUCAAAGUAGACCGUUGGGAGCGGCCGGAAGGCGGCGGUGGUAUAACCUGCGUUUUACAAGACGGCCGCGUGUUUGAGAAGGCCGGUGUUAACAUAUCCGUGGUCUCUGGGACACUGCCGCCUGCGGCUGUGCAACAGAUGAGGAGCAGGGGUAAAAAUCUGGAGAACUCCGAGCUACCGUUUUUCGCGGCGGGAGUGAGCGCGGUCAUUCACCCCAGAAACCCUAUGGUGCCCACCAUACACUUUAACUACAGAUACUUUGAGGUUGAGGACAAAAAUGGAGUACAAUGGUGGUUCGGUGGCGGCACCGAUCUUACGCCAUAUUACCUGAACGAGCAAGACGCAAGACAUUUCCAUCUCACUCUUAAACAGGCCUGUGAUGAACACGACGCCUCCUAUUAUCCUAAGUUCAAGAAAUGGUGCGACGAUUACUUCAACAUACCCCACCGAGGGGAGCGGCGCGGUGUCGGCGGUAUCUUUUUCGACGACGUGGAUUAUCCCGACCAGCAGCGCGCCUUCGCCUUCGUGACCUCUUGCGCUGAGGCGGUCAUACCCAGCUAUAUGCCUUUAGUAAAGAAACACAAAGACGACGCCUAUGGUUACUACGAGCGCCAAUGGCAGUUGCUCCGCCGCGGGCGUUACGUAGAGUUCAACCUGAUCUACGACCGAGGCACAAAGUUCGGCCUCUACACGCCGAACGCGAGAUACGAGUCCAUACUUAUGUCAUUACCACUUAAUGCUAAAUGGGAAUAUAUGCACGAGCCGGCACCUGAAUCCCCAGAAGCUAAACUAUUGAAAGUCCUAAAAGAACCCGUUGAUUGGGUCUCAAAAACAUCAUCUUCGAGAAGUUUUGCCUAAAUUGUACUUAUAGUUUUACCCGGGUUGAACAAAAUGGAGGAAAUCGUUGGUAUUUUAUAAGGAAUAUACAUUUUACGCCAAUAAAUGGUGGGUUUCGAAGUUUAUUUUA